AUGCAGCAUAUAAAACUUUUAUCUAUCAUAAAAUCGUCCUGGCACAUUCGCAACUUCAGUUUAAAUUCAUCGUUGCUAAGUCACCGGUGGUUCCCUGAUGCUGAGUAUCUGAAGCAGUUUAGCGGACCUGUAAUGUAUUCUACACCGGCUUUUGAUAGGGCAUAUAAAAUUGUUUAUCAUGGCCGAUUGCCACCCGUUGAACGACGGCUUAAGGACAUGUGGCUGAAUUGGGGCCCUCAACACCCAGCCGCUCACGGCGUCCUACGCUUAAUUCUUGAACUUGAUGGGGAGAUAGUAACCAAAGUAGACCCACAUGUCGGUUUUCUGCACAGAGCCACAGAAAAAUUAAUGGAACACAAACAUUAUAACCAGAGUUUACCUUACAUGGAUCGCCUUGAUUACGUGGCAAAUACGGCUAACGAACAGACCUACUGUCUUGCCGUGGAGAAAUUAUUAAAUAUUACAGUUCCACCCAGAGCCCAGGCAAUCAGAGUUUUGUGUACAGAAAUGUCUCGUAUUUGUAAUCAUAUGUUGAAUGUUGCGGGUACCGUUCUUGAUGCUGGUGGAAUCACACCUUUUUUUUGGUUUUGCGAGGAACGAGAGAAAAUGUACGAAAUGUAUGAACGACUUUGUGGUGCUCGAGUUCACAAUGCUUACUUACGACCUGGAGGUGUAUCACAGGACAUUCCUAUUGGAUUCUUGGAUGAUAUGUACGAAUUAAUAUAUAAGAUGGGAGAACGUUUAGAUGAGACUGAUGAUAUAGCAACGGGAAACAGACUUUAUUAUCAACGAACUGCAGGUAUAGGCGUAGUAAGCGCUCACGAUGCUAUUAGCUUAGGUUUCACAGGGCCUAUGUUGCGAUGCACCGGUGUCAAAUGGGAUUUACGGAUAGCUUUUCCUUAUGACGGGUACGAUUUGUACGAAUUUGAUUGUGUAGUAGGUACUUUUGGAGACUCUUACGAUCGUCAUCUUCUUCGUACGGAGGAGAUGCGACAAUCAAUAAGAAUAUUAGAGCAAGUUAUUAAUACGAUGCCUGAAGGGGAAAUAAGAACCGAUGAUGCCAAGUGUUGUCUUCCGCCUAGAGCAGAAAUGAAAAUGUCAAUGGAGUCGUUGAUACAUCACUUUAAGCUUUGCACAGAAGGAUAUCCAGUACCACCGGGUGCAACAUAUACUGCAACUGAGUGUCCUAAAGGAGAGUUGGGAGUUUACAUGGUGUCCAAUGGGAGUUCCAUACCGUACCGUGUUCAUGUGCGGGCUAGCUCACAUACACACUUAUUUGGUACACCGCUUUUAGGACGACGUGUUAUGUUGGCUGAUAUAUCUAUAAUUAUCGCCAGUAUAGACGUAGUAUUUGGAGAUGUGGACCGCUAAUUGCUUCAUAAGACAUGUUUGUUAAAUUAAGUAAGUAGUUGUAUUCUCAGAAUAUAAUAUGCUUACAUUGGGUUUUGCGCUUCGUGAUUCAUCCCAAUUAAACUUGUCCACCUUAAGAAAUAUUUAGUCUACGCACACAUAAGUAGUUUUUUAAAUACUUAGGUUAAAUAUUUUGAGGCUAUGUAAAGGUAGUAAGCAUUUUUUUUAAAUCUAAAAACAUAGUUUCUUGUGAAAACGGAAAUUACAUAUAGGUAUCUAAGUAGGUAGACAGUCGUCAUCGCUGUGGUUUCGACACAGUAAAGUAAGGCUCAACUCAUAC